CCUACCCUUCCUUAAAUUUGGAAGCACUCACAUCUAGCUUAGUAAAUAAACACAAGGAAGAAAAAUACGCAUCAAGCAGAUAGAUUAACAGACCAAUCCUGAGGUCUGUUAAGCUGAGGAGAGGAUUUCCUCUUUCCACUGUUGGUGUAAUAAGUGAGGUUGUGUGCCAAUAGAUUUUACAAGCACUUGAGAACAGCAGUGACAAGCAGCGACUGAGUUCAAGGACACACGGGUGGUUUUAACAUUUCCCUAAGGAGCUGGCCACCAGGUACCCUGACCAGACUGCUCUAAAUGGAAGGGAACAGUCAGAAGGAGCACCGGGCUUUGCUUAACCAAGGAGAAGAGAAUGAGCUGGAGGUGUUCGGAUACCACACCCAGACUCUGCGGAGAGCCGUGUGUCUUGUCCUCUCUGUGCUGACCGCUGGGGUCCUUCAGCUGGUUUUCUACUGGAGGCCCGAGUUGAGGGUGUGGGCCAACUGUUCCCCGUGCCCUUUGCAAGAGGCGGACACUGUUUUGCUGAGGACUACGGACGAAUUUCAAAGAUAUAUGAGGAAGAAGGUGCUCUGUCUCCACUUAUCCACACUGAAGUUCCCUAUCAGCAAGAACCCAGAAGAUGCCCUUGUGGCUGACUGCCACUCUGUCAUAAACCGAGCCGUAAUGAAGCCAGAAUUAAAACUGCGAUGCAUCCAGGUUCAGAAAAUCAGGUAUGUCUGGGAUCACCUGGAGAAGCAGUUUCAGAAAGUGGGGUUGCUGGAAGAUAGCAACUCAUGCUACGACAUCCAUCACACGUUUGGGUUGGGGCUGAGCAGUGAAGAGCAGGAGGUCAGAAGACUCGUGUGUGGGCCCAAUGCCAUUGAGGUUGAAAUCCAACCCAUAUGGAAGCUGCUCGUUAAACAGGUUUUGAAUCCAUUCUACGUAUUCCAAGCCUUCACCCUAACUUUGUGGCUGUCGCAAGGCUACAUCGAAUAUUCCGUGGCUAUCAUCAUCUUGACCAUUAUCUCCAUUAUCUUAAGUGUGUAUGAUUUGCGACAGCAAUCAAUUAAGCUGCACAAACUUGUGGAAGAUCACAACAAAGUCCAGGUUACCAUUGCUGUAAAAGACAAAGGUUUGCAGGAGCUGGAGUCCCGCCUCUUGGUUCCCGGAGAUAUUCUUAUUCUUCCAGGAAAAUUGUCAUUGCCGUGUGAUGCUGUUCUAAUUGACGGGAGCUGUGUGGUAAACGAAGGCAUGCUCACAGGAGAAAGCAUACCUGUGACGAAGACACCACUGCCACACGCGGAGAACACCAUGCCCUGGAAGUCCCACAGCCUGGAGGAUUAUCGGAAACAUGUACUUUUCUGCGGAACAGAAGUUAUCCAGGUCAAACCUUCCGGCCAGGGGCCUGUGAGAGCUGUCGUUUUGCAGACAGGUUACAACACAGCAAAAGGGGACUUGGUGAGAUCCAUCCUCUACCCCCGGCCACUGAACUUCAAACUAUACAGUGAAGCCUUCAAGUUCAUGGUGUUCCUGGCCUUCCUUGGAGUUUUGGGGUUUUUCUAUGCCCUAGGAAUAUACAUGUAUCAUGAAGUCUCUUCAAGAGAUACGACCACCAUGGCCCUGCUCCUCCUCACUGUCACUGUUCCUCCUGUGCUGCCAGCAGCCCUGACCAUCGGCACUGUGUAUGCCCAGAAGAGGCUAAAGAAGAAGAAGAUCUUCUGUAUCUCCCCCCAGAGAAUCAACAUGUGUGGCCAGAUAAACCUUGUGUGCUUUGACAAAACAGGCACUUUGACAGAAGAUGGGCUUGACCUCUGGGGGACGGUCCCUACCGCUGACGGCUGUUUCCAGGAAGUCCACAGAUUUGGUUUGGGCAAGGCUGUACCGUGGGGCCCCCUGUGUGCAGCCAUGACCAGCUGCCACUCUUUGAUCCUGCUCGAUGGGACCAUCCAGGGGGACCCUCUGGACCUCAAGAUGUUUGAAGGCACUGCCUGGAAAAUGGAAGAUUGCAAGGUAGACUCCUACAACUUUGGCAUGUCCAAUUCAAACACAGUCAUUAAACCAGGACCAAAAGCCAGUCAGAGUCCUGUGGCAGCCAUCAUGAUCUUGCGCCAGUUUCCGUUUUCCUCAAGUCUGCAGAGGAUGUCGGUGAUUGCUCAGCUGGCCAGGGAGGGUCACUUUCAUGUCUACAUGAAGGGUGCCCCAGAGAUGGUGGCUAGAUUCUGCAGAUCUGAAACAGUACCCAAGAACUUCCCAGAGGUGCUAAAGAGUUACACAAUACAAGGAUUCCGUGUUAUUGCCCUUGCCCAGAAAUUCCUGAGCUUGAAGAAGCUUUCAGAAGUGGAGCAUUUAGCAAGGGAGGACGCAGAGUCAGAGCUGUCUUUUCUAGGCCUUCUCAUAAUGGAGAAUCGCUUGAAAAAGGAAACUAAACCGGUCUUAAAGGAGCUAAGUGAGGCCCACAUCAGGACUGUGAUGAUUACAGGUGACAAUCUUCAAACUGCUAUUACUGUUGCAAAGAACUCUGAAAUGAUUCUUCCAAGUAGCCAGGUGAUCAUCAUUGAAGCCAAUGAACCAGAAGAGAGUUUUCCUGCUUCUGUGUCCUGGCAACUGGUACCUACCCAAGAGACUGAACCGGGGAAGGAUGAAACCUAUAUUAAUAUUGGAAACAGUUCAUUACCUGAUGGGGCAAAAAGGAGCUAUUACCAUUUUGCAAUGACCGGGAAAUCAUACCAAGUGAUAUACCAGCAUUUCAGCAGUUUGCUUCCCAAGAUACUGGUGAAUGGAACUGUUUUUGCAAGAAUGUCUCCGGGGCAGAAAUCAAGCCUUGUUGAAGAAUUUCAGAAAUUAAAUUAUUAUGUGGGCAUGUGUGGAGAUGGAGCCAAUGACUGCGGGGCGCUGAAAAUGGCUCAUGCAGGCAUCUCGCUGUCAGAGCAGGAAGCGUCCGUUGCAUCCCCCUUCACCUCCAAGACAGCCAACAUCGAGUGUGUGCCUCAUCUCAUCAGAGAAGGCCGAGCUGCUCUGGUUUCAUCCUUUGGAGUGUUUAAAUACUUGACCAUGUAUGGAAUAGUCCAGUUUAUUGGAAUAUUACUACUCUAUUGGCAACUACAAAUCUUUGGGAAUUACCAGUAUCUCAUGCAAGAUAUAGCCAUUACUUUGAUGGUCUGUUUAACAAUGAGUUCAACUGACGCCUACCCCAAGCUGGCUCCCUACAGACCCGCAGGACAGCUGUUUUCUCCCACUUUGCUGCUUUCUGUCUUCCUGAAUUCCUGUUUCUCCUGCAUCGUGCAGGUGUGUGCAUUUUUCUACGUGAAGCAGCAGCCUUGGUAUUGUGAGGUCUACCGCUACAGUGAGUGCUUUCUGAUGAACCAAAAUAAUUUCUCAACCAAUAUGAGCUUGGGAAGAAACUGGACUGGAAAUGCCACUCUGGUUCCUGGCUCCGUUUUAAGUUUUGAGAGCACCACACUGUGGCCCAUCAUUACCAUCAACUGCAUCACGAUAGCAUUUAUCUUUUCUAAGGGCAAGCCUUUUCGAAAACCCAUCUAUACAAAUUAUAUGUUUUCAUUUCUGCUGACAUCUGCCUUGGGCCUCACGAUUUUCAUUCUGUUUUCUGAUAUUCAAGAUAUAUACCAAGGGAUGGAGUUAAUUCCAACUGUCACAUCAUGGAGGGCUUCAAUUCUGGUGACAUCCCUUGUCCAUUUCUGUGUGGCCUUCUUUGUAGAGGAUGUCAUCCUGCAAAACCGAGAGCUCUGGCUUUUGAUCAAGAAAGAAUUUGAGUUCUACUCGAAAAGUUCAUAUAGGAAAUGGCAAAGGAAGCUGGCCGAAGAUGCCACCUGGCCUCCCACAGACAGGACAAUGUAUUCAGGUGAAAGCAACAAUGGAUUCUACAUCAACAGAGGCUACGAAAGCCCUGAACAGGUCCUAAAAGAAAGACUCAGAUUGGGAGGCCAGACCACAGAACAGCACUUCUGGACAAGACUGUAAUCAGAAUUGGUGUCGCGUGUGUUUCACACUUUUUGCCUCCAAAUUAGGGCGCUGUGGAGAGAUGAGACUGGCACACCCUUAGCUCUUCUUUUUCCCUCUGAGCAUCGCAAAACACAUUUCUCAGCAUAGUGAACCUUGCAGCAGAGGACCUUGAAUUUAUGUUAAUUCUAUCUUUUACUAUCAAAAGAAAAUGUGCAUACCGUGGACUAUAGUUUUUAAUAAACUUUAUAUUAUGUUAUGUAAAA